CCCACCCUAGAAGCUAGUGUGUCCACACCCUCUUCCCUCAUUUCCAGUUUGAUGCCGGGAUUUCUCAACUUCAUCUAAUUUUUUUCAACGCUCAGAGAAUCAGAGAAACGGCAUGGCUGGCCACCAGCAGACCAACCAGGUGGUGACAAUCACCACCAAUCAGAACCCUGGGCAGUGGAGCACCGACCUCUGUGACUGCUGUGUUGAUAUGAACAGCUGUUGCUGCGGCUUUUGGUGUUUCCCCUGCAUGCAGUGUGAGACAGCCAGUAAACAUGGAUGGUGCUGUGCCAUGCCACUCCUGGAUGUUUGCGGCGUGGUUUCCUGCUUACUCCGUCAGUCCAUCAGAGAGAGCCACGACAUCCCUGGCUCGUUCAUUGAUGACUGCUGCAAGAUAUGCUGGUGUUACUCGUGCGUCUGGUGCCAGAUGCAUCGCGAGAUGAAGAUCAGAGAAAGCCUGCAGCCCGCCACCUCGACUGUGAUCACCACACAAGCCGUGCUGUAACCAUUUUUGCUGCGGAUUCAAAGUCGCAUGUUUCUAUUCACUUCUGUUUUAUCUGCAUAUAACACUCAUCUCAUAGCAUUUUGACCUCAGUUGAAUUUUGAGAGCUGUAAACUAACCUGUAGUAUUUUAUUAGCCUAGCUCACUGUCAUUCAUUGUUUGCAGAGCUCAUUUCAUGUAACAAGUAAUAAGAAUAGGUAUGCAGGGAUCCAAAUAACAGUACUAGCUCAGUGUACUAUUGUGAGAAGCUUUUUCUUAAGUGAUGAGUUUGACCUGAUCUCACCAGACAUCACCACGUUUAUCACUUUACAUUUCCUGGGAAUCUCCGGGACACACCCAGGGACCCGUAUAACCUCACCUCGAUGACCUGAAAACCGCUACUGUGAUCAAAACAAGGAGCAACCUUUUCCUCUGUUUAAUAGCCAGAAAACAGUGGAAAUGUAAAAACAGUGGAUGCAUGAGUGAUGUGAGUUAUAUCCUUCAUUUUUAAUGGUUCACAUUUAAAAAACCUUACAGCCCAACACUGCCCUCUAUAUCAGUACAGAUGUUAGCACAGCCUCCACAUUUAUGCAACUCUUGUUACCUUCUCUGUCCGGGCUGCAUUAAACCUAUCAUUUUUUUAAAGUCUACUUUUAAUCAUAGAGACAGCGGAUACAAUCUAUAAAUCCUUGUAUUAUGUAAACCUUUAGGCACAUAUGUCCCUUUUUCUUAUACUAAGAUAUCCAAAGGAUUUGGUGUAUAGGAAAAAAGAAAUAGAUUAUUUAAACACCCAGCACUCAAAUAUUAGUAUUCAUUUAAUGGCUGUCUUAAACACUUUAAAAUAAAUAAAAAGUCUUUUGGCAAAGAACAGAUUUUUCACCCCCUGUAAACAUGAUGACACAAAUGCAACUGAAAAAUGUAAAAUUAAAGGUUUAUUCAUUCAAAGGCUUAAACUUAUGGAAACUGUGCUUACUUAUAGCUGAAUGUAUAGCAAUCAAGUAAAUUUCAUGUGACCAGAUAUUAUUAAAUUCAACUUUUACACUGUAA